AGGGGAAACGGCACAGAGGGAGGGCCAGAGGCUGAUGGGUAAAAACUGAGGGAGUAGGGAGAUGUGGUGAAGACGAGCAGAGCAUGGGGUCGUAACAGCGCUGGUACCUGACUGCAGGAUCUCAAAUUGAAUGCUAGAAAAUAAUCCAUCGAUCCAUCAUGAUGUUUGUGGGAACUCCUUUGGGUAGCAAUUCCUCCUCCCCUAUCCCAGUCCACAGCCCCAGUCCUGAUCGUCAGUCAGACGAUCUUUCCCCUGCUCUCCUGCCUCAGUCCCCUCCAUGCUGGGCAGCACAGGCACGAGGCGACCUUGCACAGGCAGAGGCAGAGCUGCGUCGCAUACUAGUGCGUCAUGUGACGGAGACAGAAUCGGUGAAGCGGGGUCUAGAGCGGGCCAUCCUAGGAGCGCGCAGAGAAGAGCGGCGCCUGCUGGAGAGGGUGGAGCAGGACCAUCGGGACACUCAGCAGCAUCUGGAGCAGGUCCAGAGGGAGAACAUGGCGGCAGCCCGGGUCAGCCAGUCCCUGUUGGACCAAAGGCUCCGUAAACUGGCUCAACUUCAGCAACAGAUUCAGGACGUUGGUCAACAGUCAUUUCUGGAUGAUGGUGGGCCAAACCAGCUGCUGAAGGACGUUACAGAGUUCCUGCAACCGUGGGAAGUCUCAGUUGCCCUAAAGAAAGUGAACUUCAAACCCAGCUCCCAACCUAAUGCUGUCAACUUCGGAGAUAUUCGUGUGCAAGAACAAAGCCUGUGCCUGCAUGUCGGAGGUUGUGGGCCACAGGGGCAGCGGUGUGCUCUCCAUUCCCAGGAGAUGCAGUGUGAAGACACAAACCAUCAAGCUGCUGGAGGAGAGAAAAGCACCCUCGGACAGGGGUGGACCUCACCGACAGGCAGGGUUGUCAGAAAAAUCAGUCUUUCUACCCGAAGUGAUCUGGAAUCAGAGGAGGAACAAAACCUCUCUUCGACAAAGAUAUGCCGCUGGCUUCCGAAGUGUGAGCAGUCUGACUGGGAGUCAUCCCAGGAUGACGAGAUGGAGUCAGCCUCCUUUCAGCCGGAAGCGGAGGACAUAUUUCUGGCUGUCCCUACGGUACUUAAAAACAUGGAUACCGAAGGCAAGGAGCAGGUGUACAAGAUGAAUAGUAAUGGAAAGCACUACUCUCCCAGGAGUCCAAGGAAAUCGAUUAUUGCGGUCUCUGGUAGGAAGCCGUCCCCCUCACCUGAACGAAGACGGGAGCAUGCUAAGCUGAGUCACUGCUCGAGUUUAGACAGCCAGGGUGGAGAUAGAGGAAAAGUGGGACAAGAUUCCAAUAGUAGACUUUUGAGGUACGGCAACAGUGCCCUCACAUCUCCCAGGAUGACUCCAAGAGAGCCUCUGACCAGCCAAAGCUGCCAAGACCUCACCUCCAGGGGACGACCUCACUCUCGACUAAGCCAGUCCUCCGACGAACACUCUUUAGGGACACAUGGUGACAGUGGCCGAGCACCAUCCCCAACAGACAGCCUUGACUCCAGCUAUACUUUCAUCGUUAGCCCACCUCAUGAUUACAGCAUGAACAGAGGCUCUUUGAACCACAAUUGCCGUCUAUCAAAGUCUGCAGUGGAUUUGACACACAAGACUCGCCCGAUGAUCAGCGGUGGGACGAAUGAGCACGUAGGACUGUGGAGCGUCAAGUGUAGCAACUUCAACUCCACGUCGAGCUCAACCUCCCCAACUCACAGUAGGGGGGCUAGGGUGUCUGACAUGGGGCAGACUCUCUCGUAUCCUACAUAUAGAAGUCUGCACCAGCCACAGAAGAAAAUGGCUAGCUCUAAACAACCCCUGGUGGCUAGGUCUUUAUCCAUGUCUGUCAUAGAUGGUUCCUCUCAAGAGCCAAAGAGAGGCAGAGGAGAGAGAGGAGAGCCAGCCCUGGUGGAGUUGGAGGAGGAGGGAGACUUGUCUUUGACAGCAUUCAACCCCAGAGGAGUCCAUCUGAUCAGGCAGUUUGGGAAGCAGGGUUCGGGUCGAGCUGACCUUACGCUGCCAAGUGGUAUCCAUGCCACGCCACAGGGCCUGCUCUAUACAGUGGACUGCGGAAAUGCACGUGUUCAGGUGACUGACCUCCGGGGUAAUGUCCUCCAGCAAGUGACCUCCCCAACUUCUGACGGCUCUGCCAGACGAUGUCGGAACUACUUUGACAUUGCCGUCAAUGCUAAGGGUUUGAUUGCACUAAGCUGUGCAGCAGAGCGGGCCCUGCUCGUCUUCAGCCGCCAUGGUCGCCUGCUCCAGACCUUUGGAGGGUCGGGGUUGGGCUCUGCAAAAGAUGAGCUUGAGGCUCCCAGGGGCGUGACCGUAACCAGGCUGGAUGAGUUCUUGGUAGCCGACAUCCGGAAAGGUACACUUGUCGCCCUAAAGCUCGACCUGAAGACCGGCUCCCGUCUUGAGCGCACAGUGGUGACUGGAUUCCACCGGCCUUAUUUAGUGGCAGCUUGCUUGAGCUCGGGCAUGGUAGCUGUGUCUGAAAGGGGCAAUGAAAUGGGCGGCGUCCCUUGCAUCAAAGUGCUGGAACCAGGCUGGAACACGGUGAGAGUUUUGGGUGUAUGUUCUGGUAUGGGACCAGUCCUCGCCUGCCCGUGGGGCAUCUCUAUAGAUGCAGAUGGUAAUGUGCUGGUAGCGGACUGGGGGGAGCAGCACAGAGUCCUGUUAUACCCAGCACAGGGAGUGGGGUGGCCGAUAGUGACCCAGGGCUUGAGUAGUCCACGUGGACUGACCCUGCUACCUGAGGGCCAACUAGCUGUGUCUGACAGCAUGCACCACUGCAUUAAGAUAUACCAGUAUAAAGCCACCCUGCACUAAAGGGAGUAAGUUGAUGUUUAAAGAUACACAAAUCUGUGGUGAGGUAACCAUUCACGCUUUAUUCUUAAUAGGGAUGCACCGAUACCAAUACCAGUAUCGGGUAUCGGGUCCGAUACUGUGCUCAUGUACUCGUACUCGUACUCGUACUCGCAAAACAGCUUGAAUACAACGGCACCGAUACCACUUUACAGCAGCGCAACGUUAACCUCUCGUCACCAUCUUUUAGGUCCUCACGCUCCACCUCCCCGAUGUUGCAGGCCAGACGGGCUGGUGGUGCUCCCGGCUCCGCUGGGCCGGGAUCCCACCUCAGCCAGCGCGCUGGCCCUCACUUUCAUUGUGCCACAGGGUUUUGCUUGCAUCCUCUGACUCGUGCGUGCAUUAGACUCCUUGGUCCGUGUUUCAAGACAGGUCAGGUGGGUUGCAGACAACGCCACAGACUCCUGGCGUCUUUUACGCGGACCACUGCACAACGCGGUUGGGGCCCCGGUCGACAGUCGCAUCGGGAGUAGGGAGCCCGUCACGGUGCGGUGAUGUCCGGGGCGGGCAGCGCUGUAAAGCUGCGGCCGCGAGCCACCUUUGCCCCGAGCCUUUCCAAGUCGACCUACAGCCGGUCGCGGCGCACCGCCUCGUAUGCGGGACUUCU